UAAACAUAGUUUAAUUAUGAGUAAAAAUCUAUUCGAUGGCUCUGAUGACGAUGCCGAGGACCUGCAGCUUACUACCAACGAGAACUAUGCAAAAUCGUACAAUGUGCUUCGCAAGAAGGAGCUGCUCAAAAAAUAUAAAGAUCGCGGGCUUGAUGUCUCAGAGUCGGAGUUGGACAGCGACAGUGAGUCGUCCGACGAGGAUGAGGCAGUGGACGUCAAAUUCGAUCAGGAGUUUUUUAAAACGCUGGCGUCGCUAAAGAGCAAAGAUCCGAAAAUCUACGACAAAGAGACACGUUUCUUUAAUGGCGUAGGCGAUGACAGUGACGAAGAUGAUGGUAUUGCUGACGGCGAGAGGGAAUCGAAGAAGAAAAAAGCUCCCAAGACCAAGCCUGUUACCUUGAAGGACUACGAACGUAAAGUGAUAUUGGAACAUAAUGGAAAGUUUGAAAGUUCUGAGGAUGAGGAUCAGCCGGUGCAAGAACGCGCGGACUCACCUACUGCAGUAGAGGAGGAACGCCGCUUAAGGGCAGAGUUUACAAAGGUGAUGAACAAAGACGAUGAGAGUGAAGAUGAAGAAUUCGGUGGGAUAUUCAAAAAACGUGAGAAAACUAAAGCGCAGACUGAUGCCGAGGAGGCGGACUAUGCCAAGUGGUUGGCUGGCAAACAGGAGGAAAUUGAGCAAAGUGCUAAGGAGGAAUUGGCACCACUUAGACAGUACUGGAGCAGCAGCAAGCUGACGCAGGGCGAGAGCUUUCUACGCGACUAUAUUCUGAGUAAGGGCUAUGCAAACACUGAUGUUUCAGAGAUUCCCACCUACGAUGAGAUCGUGGGCGACAAUGCGCCGUUGUCCGAAGACGAGCAGGAGCUGGAGAAGCAGGCAGAGUUUGAGCAGAAGUAUAACUUUCGCUUCGAGGAACCAGAUGCCGAUUUUAUAAAGCGCUACCCACGAACCAUUGAACAAUCUGUGAGGCGUACAGAUGACAAGCGCAAGGACAAACGUAAGGAGCUGAAGCAACGAAAAGAGCAGGAGAAAAAGCAAAAAAUGAAGGAGCUCGAAAUUAUCAAGGACAUGAAGCGAAAGGAGAUUGAGGAGAAGAUACGUAAACUCAAAGCAGUUACGGGUAACGAUGAAUUGGGUUUUAAAGACGAUGAACUGGAGGAGGACUUUGAUCCGGCGGCACAUGAUCGACGGAUGCAGGAGAUAUUCAAUGAGGAGUAUUACAAUGUAGACGAAGGCGAGGAGAAACCCGAGUGUCCCUCAGAUAUCGAAGAGCUGGCCAUAGAAGACUGGGAUAACUAUGAUCCACAUCAGAAUUAUGAAGCUGGCGGCGAUGAUGAUUUGCACUGCGAAGACGAUGAAUUCAACAUGGACUGUGACUAUGAUCCGACAGCAGCUAAACAGCAACUACAGCAAGAGCUUAUUGAGAACACCCGAAGUCGUAAGGGACGUAAAGGUCGACGCAAUCGAUUCAUGGAGAUGAUACAAGCUGAGAAGCCCGCCUUCAAUCCUGACGAUGAGAAGACUUAUGGUGAGUACAUAGACGAGUACUACCAACUGGACUAUGAGGACAUUGUGGGUGAUCAACCGUGCCGCUUUAAAUAUGUGGAAACAACGCCAAACGAUUUUGGUCUUACGAUCGAGGAGAUCCUGCUAGCUAAGAACAAGGAACUUAACCAAUGGGCCAGCCUGAAGAAGGCGGUGCAAACUCGGCCCGAACAUGUGGAGAAAAAGGAGCAACGUAUGUACAAGAUGAAGGCCAAGAACGAGGAGCUCAAGCGCAAAAUCUUCAAGAGCUUGUAUGGCGAAGGUUCCGAUGAUGAGGAACAGCCCGAAAAGAACACCGUGGACACAUCAACUGCUGGAAUCGAUCAAUCCUCUUCUGCUGCAGCCGCACCCAUUCAGCCCUCGACAGAGCUCAUGUCCAAGUCGAAGAAGAAGCGCUUAAGGCGCAAAGCAGCAGCGGCUGCUUCUGCCACAGUGGCUGAAGCUAUCACUCAGCAGGCAGAAGCUUCAAAUGAAAAUAAGGAAGAUAUAGGUGAGCCUGCUGCCAAAAAGAAAAGGCAAGCACCCAAUGAGGAGCAGCAAACCAACGGAGACGCAGAUCCAACAACUGCUGCUCCUGCUCCAACUGCCACAAAGACGCCCAAGAAUGCUAACAAAUCAGACGUGAAGCUCAAUCCUUUUAAGAAGACGCAGCAGGCGGCCACGAUACAACAUGGUAAGCCAACGGUAAAUGCCAAACUCAACAACAAAAACAAAGGACAGGGAUCUCGUGUCGGGGGAAAAAAUACACAGCUGCAACCAAAUCAAGAUGGUCCAACUGCCACGGAUAAAUCAAAAAAUGCUAGCAAAUCAGACAAGUCUAAUCCUUUUAAGAAAAGAGAGCAGGCGGUAACGACACAACACGGCAAGCCAACAACAAACGCCACACCCUUCAACAAAAACAAGGAACAAGAAUCUAUUGACAGUAAGGCCGUUAAAGCAGAGCAGCAAACAAAUGGAGAAGUUCCAACUGUCACAAAACAAUCUAAUAAUCCAGAGCCCAAACAUAAUCCUUUCAAGAAGCCACAGCGGGUGGGGACGACGACAAAUGCCAAACCCUUUAACAAAAACAAAGGACUGCAUUCUGGAGCGGCUGGCAAACCCUUCAUGAAGUCACGCAAUCACAAUACGGAUGCGUCGAAAAAGAAGAAAAACGUUGGCCCCCGCAAAACGCACAAUUUUAAGGCGAAGAACAAAACGAGCACUCCCAAUGGCAUAACCGAUGAGCGCCUUAAAGCCUAUGGCAUUAAUCCGCGCAAAUUCCACAAGACUCAGAAGUAUGGCAAGAAGGCACAGCAAGAGUAAAUGUUAGGGCUACUGUUAAGUAGUUACUAUCUCCUUUAUACAUUAUGUACAUACAGACAUAAAAACAGAUUAAAAACAAAAAUAUGUAAACAUA